AUGCCGACGAAUAUCAUCCUGCCGAGUGCAAACGACUUGACACUUGAUCUUUCCAUCAAAUCAUCAUCGAAAGCAGCGAUGACAACAACGGAAAAGUCUUCAUCGAUAUUGACAACUUCAGAUCCCGUCGACAGUGGUGGUGGUAGCAGUGAGAAUAACUCAAAUGACACGGAUGAAGUGAAGAUUUUCGAAUGUGAAAAACAUGAAGAUGUGGAAACGAACGAUGACGACAAUAGCGAUCGACUUUCACCCGUCAUCAAAGAAGAAGAAUCGUCACCCCAACAGUCUUCAUCAAUAAAUCUGACCGAUCGACUGAACAGUGAACAGCAACUUCAUAGCUUUUUCCCGUAUUUUAUCUCGCCUUACUAUCACGGCAAUAAUCCCAUGCAGAAUUUCGAGAAAAUGCCUUCGUUGGAAUCAUUAUCGAAAUUCAUGUCACCUCCACCACCGGCACAUAUGGCGACUUCGAAUCUGAACGUUGACCAAUCUAUAGGCAUGCCUAAUCCGAUGUAUCCAUUGUCAUCACCUGCAUCUUUUCAAUCGCCAUAUUCGCAACCUUGGCGUUCGCCAAUGUUUCCCUUUGCUCUUCCACCUGGCUAUCCUCUCUCUCAAAACUCGCCAUCUCCUUCGAUGUCGUCUUCUCACAAGCGUCCGACCCAUAUGCGUCGUUUUAUCGACAACAACUCGCAACAAUCCUCUCAGCAUAAACAAUCGAUGCAUCAAGAUCCUCAUAAGUCGAAAAAGAGUCAUAUUAAAAAGCCUCUCAAUGCAUUUAUGCUAUUCAUGAAGGAACAACGUGCUCAUGUUGUACAAGAGUGUACACUGCGAGAAAGUGCGGCAAUUAAUCAGAUUCUUGGUCGAAAGUGGCAUGAACUGGAUCGAAAUGUUCAACAGAAGUAUUACGACAUGGCACGAGAUGAACGCAUGAAACAUAUGCAGUUGUAUCCGGGGUGGUCCGCUCGAGAUAACUACGGUGUACGGAAGAAACGUGGAAAUAAAGGGAAAAAACAAGAAAAAGCCGCAAGUGGUGAAAAUGCCGAGUGUCUCAAUCAAAAGAAAUGCCGAGCUCGCUUUGGUCUUGACCAGCAAGCCAAUUGGUGUAAGCAUUGCAAACGAAAGAAGAAGUGUUUACGUUACACCGAAAAUGAAUCAACUUCGUCCAUGGGUGUUACUUCAUGGAGUGAUGAAGACGAUACGGAUAACAACGAAGAUUCCGAUGAUUGUGAUGUUAUACCAAUGAGUGAACAGAAGAAUUCAGGCAUUCAUCCAAGUAUUUCAAUGGAUUCGGAUGAAGAGAACAAAUCGCGUCUAUUAAAGUAUCAACAAACAUCGAACGAGAAUGAUUCGAUAAUGAAUCGAUCGGAUCUUAUGGCACCACGAAAAGAAUUAUCAUACCCAGCAUCGUUUUUCCAACCCACUUAUCCUUAUCCAUACUUCGAUUCAUUUUUGCCACCACCUCCGGCCACGUCAUCAUUGAUGACUAAUCUAAACGAAUUCAAACAAGAAACAUAA